UCCAUUCUGGAGGUUUUAGCAAAAACGGCUGUAACAGAAAUUUGUAAACUAGUCGAUGAGGGGUCUGCUGCAUUGCGAUUGGAGAUGUGCAGAAGCCAAAGAGAAAACGAAGCGCUAAACAAGAAGUUACUGCUGAUGGAGGGAGAGCUCAGGGCUGUGCGAGGAUACGGAGAGAGGAUGCCGGGGAAUUCACUAAACCUCUCAUUUGAAGUUCAGGUUUGCGAUGAAUUCAGAGAAUCACUAAGACGCACUUCAGGGGCAGCUGCUGCUAAUGGUGGUGAAGGGCCCCUCUAUAAGGAGGAGGAGCGGCACAUGCAGCCCUGCCCUGCAGGAGCCCCAGAAAAGGAGCUGAAAGCAGAACUCAAACAGGAGCCAGAGGAGCACCCCCUCACCCCCACGCUCCCCCUGCUGGAGUCCGCAGACUUGGGGCUGGAGCUCCAGGCUGUGUGGAGUGAGGCCAACGGCUUGGAAAUUUCUCAGAAUAGAAACAGGCCAGGUGCAAGAACGUUGGAGCAUGGAGACACCAGCUUAGACGACAACUUCUCUCCUCCACAUUACAGAGAUUCUCAGAGGCCACACUCAGAGAAGGACGAGGGGUCAGCAUCACAUCUCGAGCAGAAACAGAAUGGCUGCCCUCUUGAGGAGAUGAGCAUUGGUAGACCUGCUGAUGACAUUUCGCCGUUCCCUCUGGGUUCUCCAGGACAGUGUGUUGGAAGCGCCCCGUGUGAGGCAAGUUCUGACACGUCAGCAGAAGCAAAGAGUCCCUGCAGAACUGAGGGACAGGAGGAGGAGUUCAUCUACACACGCUGUGGGAAGACGUUCCCGGACGCUCUUGAACUGAAGACGCACGAGGAGCAGCACAGUGCGGGGAAACGGUUCAGCUGUUCAGAGUGCGGCAAGGGUUUCACUUCCUCCAGUAUCCUGGAGAAGCACAAGCAGGUUCACAGCAGGAAGAAACCGUUCACUUGUGAGCAGUGUGGAAAGUGCUUUUUCAAGAAGUGCCAUCUUAAAACUCAUCAGGUUACUCACACAGGAGGGAAAUGCUUCAGUUGCACAGUAUGCAAUAAGAGCUUUGGCUAUCUCCAUGUUCUUAAGCAGCAUCAGAGAUUCCAUACAGGGGAGAACCCGCACUGCUGCAACGAGUGUGGGAAGAGCUUUGCCCAACUAGGUCAUCUUAAAUCUCACCAGAUUACUCACACAGGAGGGAAAUGCUUCAGUUGCACAGUGUGCAAUAAGAGCUUUGCCCAUCUCAGUUAUCUUAAGCAACAUCAGCGUGUCCACACAGGGGAGAAACCGCACUGCUGCAACAAGUGUGGGAAGAGCUUUGCCACACCAGGUACUCUUAAAACUCACCAAAGGAUCCACACCGGUGAGAAAUCGUUCACUUGUGAGCAGUGUGGAAAGUGCUUUUCCAACAAGUGCAAUCUUAAAACUCAUCAGGUUACUCACACAGGCGAGAAACCCUUCACUUGUGAGCAGUGCGGAAAGUGCUUUUCCCGGAAGUGCCAUCUUCAAACUCAUCAGAGAGUCCACACAGGAAGCAAACCACACUGCUGCAAUGACUGUGGGAAGAGCUUUUCCCAACUAGGUCAUCUUAAAUCUCACCAGAUUACUCACACAGGAGGGAAAUGCUUCAGUUGCACAGUGUGCGAUAAGAGCUUUGCCCAUCUCAGUUCUCUUAAGCAACAUCAGCGUGUCCACACAGGGGAGAAACCGUACUGCUGCAACAAGUGUGGGAAGAGCUUCACCCAACUAGGUGCUCUUAAAUCUCACCAAAGGAUUCACACCGGAGAGAAACCAUUUGCUUGCGAGCAGUGUGGAAAGUGCUUUUCCAACAAGUGCAAUCUUAAAACUCAUCAGGUUACUCACACCGGUGAGAAACCGUUCACUUGUGAGCAGUGUGGAAAGUGCUUUUCCAACAAGUGCAAUCUUAAAACUCAUCAGGUUACUCACACCGGUGAGAAACCGUUCACUUGUGAGCAGUGUGGAAAGUGCUUUUCCAACAAGUGCCAUCUUAAAAUUCAUCAGGUUACUCACACAGGAGAGAAACCCUUCAAUUGUGAGCAGUGUGGAAAGUGCUUUUCCCGGAAGUGCCAUCUUCAAACUCAUCAGAGAAUCCACACAAGAGGCAAACAACACCGCUGCAAUGACUGUGGGAAGAGCUUUGCCACACUAGGUACUCUUAAAUCUCACCAAAGGAUCCACACCAGAGAAAAACCCUUCACUUGUGAGCAGUGUGGAAAGUGCUUUUCCCGGAAUUCUCUUAAGCAACAUCAGCGUGUCCACACAGGGGAGAAACCGCACUGCUGCAACAAGUGUGGGAAGAGCUUUGCCACACCAGGUACUCUUAAAACUCACCAAAGGAUCCACACCGGUGAGAAAUCGUUCACUUGUGAGCAGUGUGGAAAGUGCUUUUCCAACAAGUGCAAUCUUAAAACUCAUCAGGUUACUCACACAGGCGAGAAACCCUUCACUUGUGAGCAGUGCGGAAAGUGCUUUUCCCGGAAGUGCCAUCUUCAAACUCAUCAGAGAGUCCACACAGGAAGCAAACCACACUGCUGCAAUGACUGUGGGAAGAGCUUUUCCCAACUAGGUGCUCUUAAAUCUCACCAAAGGAUCCACACCGGAGAGAAACCAUUUGCUUGCGAGCAGUGUGGAAAGUGCUUUUCCAACAAGUGCAAUCUUAAAACUCAUCAGGUUACUCACACCGGUGAGAAACCGUUCACUUGUGAGCAGUGUGGAAAGUGCUUUUCCAACAAGUGCAAUCUUAAAACUCAUCAGGUUACUCACACCGGUGAGAAACCGUUCACUUGUGAGCAGUGUGGAAAGUGCUUUUCCAACAAGUGCCAUCUUAAAAUUCAUCAGGUUACUCACACAGGAGAGAAACCCUUCAAUUGUGAGCAGUGUGGAAAGUGCUUUUCCCGGAAGUGCCAUCUUCAAACUCAUCAGAGAAUCCACACAAGAGGCAAACAACACCGCUGCAAUGACUGUGGGAAGAGCUUUGCCACACUAGGUACUCUUAAAUCUCACCAAAGGAUCCACACCAGAGAAAAACCCUUCACUUGUGAGCAGUGUGGAAAGUGCUUUUCCCGGAAGUGCCAUCUUCAAACUCAUCAGAGAGUCCACACAAGAAGCAAACCACACUGCUGCAAUGACUGUGGGAAGAGCUUUGCCCAACUAGGUCAUCUUAAAUCUCACCAGAUUACUCACAGGAGGGAAAUGCUUCAGUUGCACAGUGUGCGAUAAGAGCUUUGCCCAUCUCAGUUCUCUUAAGCAACAUCAGCGUGUCCACACAGGGGAGAAACCGCACUGCUGCAACAAGUGUGGGAAGAGCUUCACCCAACUAGGUGCUCUUAAAUCUCACCAAAGGAUUCACACCGGAG